AUGGCAUGUACGACACAGGAAAGACGUACUUGGGGACCCAUGGUUGACGAACUGAUGUUACCAGUUAGUGAGCACGAUAAAGACAGCGUGAUGCGUGAGGUUGAUGUCGAUCCACUAUCCACCGGUCAGGAGCUUUCGACUUUCUGUAAAGCGAGACGACCGGCAUAA